CGCUGAGACGAUAUAACUAAGCGUUGCAUGUUUGUUGCAUGUGCUAAAAUAAUGUUGUUGCAGCAUUGCAACAUUUAUGCUGGCAUAGACUCGUUUGGAUUUGUCUAUAACACAAGUGGCGAACAACAAAGAGAAGAGCAACAACAACAACAGCAGCAGAGGCGACAGAAAUAUCAACAAAACUCACAGCAAAUCCAGAGACUAGGCCAUUCAAUCCACACCCGAAACAACAGCUGCAGCAGGAACAACAACACCCACAACAACAGCAGCUGCAGCAGCAGCGGCAACAAACGACACCAACAUCUGCAUCGACAAACCGUGUCGAGUUGAUGGGCCCCUGGUACCUAAUUGGGGCCCUCCUACUGCUAUCAGCAAGAGCGGGGGACUCCACCAACAAGAUCAUACCACAGCAGAUUGGCUCGUCGCACACCAAUGCCGCCAACGGCGUCGGUGGAAUGCAUCACCACAUACCCAAGAACUCCAUUGCGACCAAUGCGGUCAACAACAACAACAACAAAGGCACAGUGCUUAGCGGCAAUGGGGUUAUCGUAGCCGGUGGUGGCUCAAUUAGCCCAUCAUCGUCGCUUAACACCAUUACAGAAGAACCCGAAUUUACUGAAUACAUUGAAAAUGUAACCGUACCUGCUGGACGCAAUAUCAAAUUGGCGUGUUCUGUUAAAAAUUUAGGAUCAUAUAAAGUGGCCUGGAUGCAUUUCGAACAAUCGGCCAUCUUAACCGUGCACAAUCAUGUGAUAACGCGCAAUCCACGCAUCAGUGUGACACACGACAAACAUGAUCGCCAUCGCAGCUGGUAUUUGCACAUCAACAAUGUCCAGGAGGAGGACAAAGGACGCUACAUGUGCCAGAUCAACACGGUGACGGCCAAAACGCAGUUUGGUUAUCUCAAUGUAGUCGUGCCGCCCAACAUUGAUGACUCGUUGAGUUCAAGCGACGUCAUUGUACGGGAAAACUCCAACAUAUCACUGCGAUGUAAAGCGACCGGUAGUCCCAAACCGGUCAUCAAAUGGAAGAGAGAUGACAAUUCAAGGAUAACAAUUAGUAAAAAUCACAUAGUCAGCGAAUGGGAAGGUGAUACCCUGGAAUUGACGCGUAUCUCUCGCUUGGAUAUGGGCGCCUAUUUGUGCAUAGCCUCAAAUGGGGUGCCACCCACGGUUUCGAAGCGCAUCAAAGUUAGUGUGGACUAUUAG